CAUGAAAGUAUUAAUUGUUUUAGCGGCAUUUGCCGUUACUCUCGUUUUGAGCGAAAAGGUUUCUUAUGACAAUUAUAAAGUUUAUAGAGUGUUUCCAAAUACAAUUGAGCAAGUAAAUUUUCUACGUCAUUUAGAGCAAACUGAUACACAGUUAGAUUUCUGGACAUACGUAAAAAAUAAUGGCCAACAUGUGGAUAUUAUGGUGCCACCGCAAAAAAUUGGCGAAUUUGAAAAGCAACUGGAUUUCCAAAAAAUACAUUUCCAAAUAAAUAUUAAUGACGUUCAGAAACUUCUUGAUAAAGUCGAUGUUGGUACGAGAAGAGACAAAACUUAUGGCUGGGAUACUUUUUAUAACGUAGAGGAGACUUAUGCGUGGCUCAGAAGUUUGGCUACAUCACACGCUGAUAAAGCAAAAGUUUUCAGUAUUGGAAAAUCAUACGAAAGGCGCGACAUCUUGGCAAUUAAGAUUUCGACUGGAGGUACUAAGAAGGCGGUUUUGUUAGAUGGUGGCAUCCAUGCUCGAGAGUGGAGUAGCGUUUCAACUGCAACAUAUUUAAUAAAUGAACUUUUGAAUUCGCAAGAUCCCCAAAUUCAAAAUCUAGCAAAUUCUUACGAUUGGUACAUUAUUCCUAUUCUUAAUCCAGAUGGAUACGAAUACAGCCACACCACGGAAAGAUUUUGGAGAAAAACUCGUCAACCAUACGGAGAAUGCUUUGGAGCUGAUCCAAAUAGAAACUAUGAUUAUGAAUGGCUUGGAACUGGACAAUCAGCUGAACCUUGUUUAAUGCAAUAUGCAGGACCAAAACCAUUUUCGGAACCAGAAACCCAGGCCCACGCCGAUUUCGCAAGAUCUAUUGGGAAAAACUUAAAAGUUUAUCUUACAUUGCAUUCUUAUGGACAAGUUUUGAUGUAUCCAUAUGCAUACACCUGGAAAGAUGCCGAGAAUGUAAAAGAUUACGAACUUAUUUCUGACGCAGCAGUAAAAGCUCUAUCUAAACGAUUUGGCACAGAAUACAAACAUGGUUCAAUUUUCUCCACUAUGAGUGCCGCUUUUGGAAGCAGCAUCGACUGGAUGUUUGGAGAUCAAAAUGUUCCACUAACUUUCGUAUAUGAGUUAAGAGACAGAGAUGAUUUAGACCCCAAAGAAAUUAUUCCAUGUGCCCAAGAAAUUAUAGAUUCAUUAAUUUCCUUAUUCCAGACCGCCAGUGAUCUAGGAUAUUUUAAAAAUUAACACUGACAUUAUAUU